AUGUUGCGUGCACACCCGACUUCACCCACAAGUCGGUACGGCUUCGGCUUCGGCCGUCUUGCCGCCGUCACCCUUCUCGCCUCCUUCCUGACGCUCCUCCUGGGUGUACACAAUGUCUCCGCUCUCUCCAAAGCUGAAGCUGGCAAGAUUGACUGGCACGUACCCCGUAUUGGCGUACCUCACUCUUCCAACGAUUCGGCGACACCUGAUCUCUCGCCACGUUUCCAUCGAAUCAUCAAACCCGAUGCCGAUAUCAAGGACAAGGCACAGACCGCCAUCUUUGUCGCAACGGAGUCCAACGCUGUAGGCGCCCUCAACCCACGCAACGGUGCUAUCGUCUGGCGUCAGACCUUUGAAGAGCACGACCAGGUUCUUCUUCACAAGCAGUUUGGUGAGGUUGCUCUCACGGUUUCCGGCAACGGAGGUGCCAACGUUCGGCUUUAUCACGGUUUCACUGGCUUCCUCAUCUGGGAGUCUGCUCAGCACAACAUUCGCGAUGGUUUGCUUCCGGAGCCUGGCUUCCCCGCUACCGACGCUGCUUUCUUGACCGACAAGGCUACGGCGGAGGUCCCACCAGAUGUUGUCGUCCUCUCCAACGCUCGAACGGUUCGCAGACUCAACGGUGCUUUCGGUGCAGAGGUUUGGAAGUGGGAGCCCAACGAAGACAUAUCUCGUCGUUCGGUCAUUCGUGUCGUCGCCAACAAGGACAAGGUUUACGUCGUCUCGCUUCUACGCAACACUGGCUCGGUCUACAACUCGAUCUCGGUCACCACACUUUCGGCACAUACCGGUGAGCUCCUCACCUCGCACGAGAUCCAGUCCAGCCUCAACAAAGCUGCCGAUGUGGUCAUUCUUCCUUGGAACCAACUGCCUAACUUGCCUCCCACCGCCAACCCUGGCUCGUGGGUCGCUUGGCUCAACAAGGAUGGAAGCGUUCGAGCCGCUCCUCUCGAUCCUCCCAGCAAGCGCCUCGCCCAGCCUCAGGUCAUCUAUGCCAAGCGUGCCGACUCUGUCUUUACCGGGCUCGUCGAUCCUGGUCUUUCCAACCGUGGCCUUUUCAUCGGUAGACGAUCCGACGGCCUUGCCGAGGUGCUCAAAGUGUCGGCCGAUGCCAAAUUCACCAGCUUCUGGGAGUUUGAGGAGGAUGCUCACGAUGCAGUCUAUGCUGCUACCUACGACCGACAAGGUAGAGCUUACCUUCAGCGCAUCUUUUUCUCUCGAUCGCAGCAUUUGAUGAACUUCCACUUCCUUUGGGUUGAUGCCAAGAACGGCGGUGAUGGUCAGGUCAGCGGGUUCUCUUUCCAAUGGGAUCACGAUCUGCAUGGUAAUGUCCACGCUGCUACUUUCGAGGCUAGUCAGGUUGGGCAGUAUCAGUUGGCUACUCGUACUGUUCUCGUCACCUCGAGUGGAUCUGUGCGAAUGCUCCUUGAAGAUCAGCACCAGUGGAUCUUGGAAGAGGGUUUGACACAGACUACACACAUUGCGUUCGUCGAUCUUCCGGAGAAGAAGCUCACCACUAUCCCUGGCGGAGCUGCUAGUCUCGAUCACGAGGGUUUUGUUCAUCGGCUCAUCCGACACACUCUCUCGCUCAAGGAUUUGCCGCAGUACACAGUUGCCUUUGUCACUCGUUUCGCCACCGGCUCGUAUGGCAGCUUGGAACAGCUCGGUCUAUCCAGCUCUAACUCUGCUAGCCCAGCCACCUCGACCAGUGCACCGGCAACAACCACGAUGGUCAAAGAAGGCAAUAAACCUGCACGCCAAAAGCAAGAACAGGAGAAAAAACCCACCUCCCUCGCUCCCCGUGUCGCUGAUGCCAACACUACCUCUCAGCUAUUCCGUGAUCCCUUCGGCUUCCGUAAGGUCGUUGUUGUAGCUACUGCCAAAGGCAAGCUCUACGCACUAGACACCAUCGCCAAGAACACUGUCCUCUGGGAGAAGUCCCUCAUCGGAUACGGCGAGGGAGAAGGAGAGCUCGAGCCAAAGAUCAACAUCAAGUUUAUGCAGACUGUUCGAGAACUUUCGACCGAUGGGAAGAGUCCUUUACUUGCUAUUGUGGCUGAGGUGGAGUUGCAGCCAGGACUGUUCACGACGAGAGUGUUCGAGUUGAACCCCCUGACGGGCGAGUUUAGAAACGAUGCUAGCUCGGGCCAGGCUGUGUUCGUGGGGAGGUGUCAGGAUGCGUUCUUGUUGCCGCAGAGUGUGGAAGAUGCAGUGGAGAGGCAGCUGAGCUUGGGACUGGUGGAUCAGCAGAAUAAUCUUUUCCUCUAUCCUGAUACACUUGCGGUUGCGGAGAGGUUCGAGCCGCUUUCGGAUAAGUACUUCUUUGCAGUACAAGGGCCUGCUGCGUCGGCGGGUGCUGGAGCUAAGUUCGUCGGUUACACGGUGGAGAAGGGUGUGAGCAGCAUUCACAGGUCAAGCCAGGCUUGGACAUGGACAGUGCCGAAAGGUGAGGAAGUGUUGGACGUUGUACAGGCGCCGAGUAAGGAUGUGAUCGCUUCUUAUGGUCGUGUUUUGGGAGACCGAUCGACUCUGUACAAGUAUCUCAACCCCCACGCCAGGGUGAUCGUGACAGCUACGAGGCAGAGUAAUCAGGCCCAUCUGUACCUGUUGGACACAGUGACAGGUGCAGUAUUGUACGAGCUGCAACUGGAUGAUGUCGAUCUAGCCCAACCUGUCCAUGCACACUUGGUCGAAAAUUGGAUCACGGCAACUUACAGCGUUCGAACACCGGACGAAGGACUCUCGACUCACAUUGUCACAAUCGAAAUCUACGAACAGCCUUCCACCCCUACCGAAGAGGUCAAGGGUAAAGCCACCACGCGCAGUCUCUCCUCCUCUUGGUCCGGCUUGGAGGGCAACUUUAGCAGUUUCACCGGUGAUAGUUCCCAAUCUACCACUUCGGGUAUCCUUCCAGUGGCAUACCUCCAGACAUACAUCUACACGGGAGGCCCAAUCCACGCCCUCUCCACCACCUCAACCAAAUUUGGUAUCUCGCUCAAAAACCUCCUUAUCUCAACCGACAGAGACUCGCUCGUCUCCAUUCCUCGUAAACUGCUCGACCCUCGACGACCUAUCGGAAAGCCAAGCAAGUCCGAAGCGGAGGAAUACAUGGUCCCUUACUCCCCACUCAUCCCCGAAGAUCCGAAGUGGGUAAUCAACCAUGUUUACCCAGCGGCAAAGAUUCGAAGUUUCGCCACUGGCCCUGCUCUUCUCGAGUCCACAGCGAUCGUAUAUGCGUACGGAUUGGAUACGGUGCUCACUCGGGUCAGCCCGUCUGGGCAGUUCGACAUCUUGCAGGAGAGCUUCAACAAAGCACAGUUGCUACUGACGCUAUCCAUCCUCUCGGCGGGGAUCAUUGCAACGCGUCCUAUGGUUAGGAAUAAGAACCUUUCCCUUCGAUGGUAA